GCUCAUAGAGAUACCAAUGCCCUGAAAAAGAAAAGAAUGUUGAAGAUCCCACAGCAAAGUGAGUCCCCUUGAAGUUAGUUGCAGCAGUUGCCUCCAACACAGAGAUAGCAGAAUCAACCAUAGAAAUCCCACCCUCCUCUCCCAUUCUCUCUCGUUCCUUCUCUGUGUGUUUACAAAGUUAUCAAGAAGCUCUUUUGGUUCGUGCCCACAAAAAGAAACUCGGAAAUUCCUUCAAAGCUCUAUUUUUUCUCCCUAAAGAUCCAAACCCAUCAAAUCUUUCUCCUCCAUUUUCUAUCUUGUGCUAUCAAAAUCCAUCAUUUUCUCGGAAAAUACCAGUUUCCGGGAAAAUAAAACCAUCAGAAGAAGAAGAAGCUGGACAAGGGUUGGAAUAUGAGGCGCAGAGCCGCGGAUUUUCGUAGGCCGGCGAGAAGGAGAAUUGAAUAUUUGGCAUGUUGGGCAUUGAUCAGCGUAAUUGUUGUUUUCUUUAUUUAUAUUCUCUCUCAAGGGAGCAAUGUGGAGUCCACACCCCAUUUUCCCAGGAGAGCAUUCAAGAAUGAUAUGGUUUUAGAAGGCUUUAAUAUUACUGAAGAGAUGUUAAGCCCCAAUUCGGCUGCCAGACAACUGAAUGAUCAGAUAUCACUAGCAAAAGCUUUUGUUGUAAUUGCCAAAGAAAACAACAAUAACCAGUUUGCUUGGGAAUUAAGCACCCAGAUCCGCAAUUCUCAGAUUUUCCUCUCCAAUGUUGCAACUACGCAUCCUCCUUUAACAAUUCAAGAAUCAGAAGACGCUAUUCACGAUAUGGCAUUGUUGCUAUACCAGGCGCACGAGCUCCAUUAUGACAGCGCAGCCAUGAUGGCGAGACUGAAAGCAAGAACUCAAGAUCUUGAAGAACUAGUGAGUUCUGAUAAAGAUAAGAGUUCAAAAUAUGGACAAAUAGCUGCUGAAGAAGUCCUAAAGAGCCUAUACUGCCUUGGUGUCCGCUUGACAUCAAAAUGGUUCAAUGAUCUUAGCUUGCAAAAGAAAUUGGAGGACAAAAGGAAAGUGGAGAUGAAGCUCAAGAACAAUGAUCUUCACCACAUUUGUGUCUUCUCUGACAACAUCCUUGCUACUUCAGUUGUGAUCAAUUCAACUGCAAUAAAUUCCAAAAAUCCAGAUAUGGUUGUUUUCCACCUUGUCACAGAUGAAAUCAAUUAUGCUGCAAUGAAGGCGUGGUUUUCCAUAAACGAUUUCAGAGGAGUGACGGUUGAAGUUCAAAAGUUUGAAGACUUCAGUUGGUUAAAUGCUUCAUAUGUUCCUGUGCUGAAGCAGCUUCAAGACUCGGAGAUACAUAACUACUACUUCAAAGGCAGUGGUGGUGAUGGAAGGACACCUAUUAAAUUCCGCAAUCCGAAAUAUCUUUCCAUGCUUAACCACCUGAGAUUCUACAUCCCUGAAGGUUUUCCAACACUGAAGAGGGUGGUGUUCCUGGACGACGAUGUCGUGGUUCAGAAGGAUCUUUCUGAUCUUUUUUCCAUUGAUCUGAAUGGCAAUGUCAUUGGAGCUGUAGAGACAUGCACUAAGACAUUUCACAGAUAUCAUAAAUACUUGAACUACUCACAUCCUCUUAUAAGAGCACAUUUUGACCCUGAUGCUUGUGGUUGGGCUUUCGGGAUGAAUGUGUUUGAUUUGGUCCAGUGGAGGAAUAGGAAUGUAACAAGCAUUUACCACUACUAGCAGGAAAAGAAUGCAGAUAGGACAUUGUGGAAUCUCGGUACCUUGCCGCCAGGGUUGUUGACAUUUUAUGGGCUAACUCAGCCCUUGGAUCCUUCAUGGCAUGUUCUGGGUUUUGGCUACACAAGUGUUGAGCCUUAGUUGAUAGAGAGAGCUGUUGUGGUGCACUUCAAUGGUAACUCCAAACCAUGGUUGAAGAUUGGGAUGGAUAAGUACAGGCGCUUGUGGGAAAAAUAUGUGGACCAUUCUCACCCUUUGUUGCAACAAUGCAAUUUUCAUUGAUUUUUCAACUUCAUUGUAGUUGGAACUUCAAAGAUUAGGAUUGAAAAGUAGAAGUAGUAGUAGUAGCCAUUAGUUAUACAUGCAUUUUAUAUGACUCAGAAUGAAAAGUAGGAGCCAAUCAUUCUUGAUACAUUUUUGGUCUUGAAGUUUUUGAGAGGUGCAAGUACAAUGAAGGAUUCAAUAUCCACAUUAACAUGGUAUUGAAGUUUUUAGAGAUUUAUGCCAAUUUAGUUAGGAACUCCUUGGCUGUUAACAAUUUUUGAAUAAAGGAAAGUCAGGUUAAAAACCAUUUUUAGUACAUUGAA